AUGGCAGUGCAGCUAGACCCCUCGUCAUCGCGGUCGUUCACCCCGCUAUCGACUCUCUCGCUGUCAGGACCGCACGUCUUGCACUCGGCAUCAUGCAAUCCCGCCAUGGACCUAGUCGUCCUCCUCGCGCCUGCUCAGCCUGCUCAGUCUGCUUCUGCAGCGCUCAAGGGCAAAGGCAAAGCGACGGAUAUGAGUGCAUGGCGAGGGACGAAGGUGGUGCUCUGGCGGAUGUUGGGCAGUAAAGUGUGGGAAGUGGAGGUGAGGGGAUGGGUAGCGGGAUUGGCGUGGAGCGCUAAUGAGCAAGGGCUCUACCUGUCCCUACUGCUACUUAUGCCCGCGGCGCGGAGAGCCGUCCUCGAACAUCGGUCGGUCCACAACGGUGAAGUGGUCAAGAUCGUGCCAAUAGAUCUGCCAGAUGCGGCGUGGGAAGCUGGGCCCACUGAGGUACAGCUAGAAUGGAGGGAUAGCAGCCUGGAGUGGGAGACUGCCAGGGAUGGGUCCGCUCGGCAGAUCAUCGCGUCACUUCCUACGGUGACUCCAGUCGAACCCCCUAAACCCGCCGUAGUCAAUCCCUUCGCCAAACCCAUAGCUGCGGCAAAUACGAAACUUCCACAUCCAGCAUUAUCGACCUUCCCCUGCCUCCUCUCCUCGACGCCCUCACUUCCGCCCCAUACCCUACAAGUCUCACUACCUGGACGAGAUCUACAUCUCCUCACCGGCUCCUUUCCCUGUCCGUCGUCAUCCUCCUCCUCGCAUCUUCGAUUAGCCCAGAGCGCCGACUCUCUCGCGUCGUUCCUGAAUAUAGUUCUGCGUGGCUUGGAGGCGAUAGAGGCUGCUUGGCGGGAUGGGUACAAGCAGACCAUGCUGUGGAGGGAAGAGCUGGAAGAGUGCGGAAAGCUACAAGGGAUGCCGGUGCGGGAUGUACAUGCCGAUCUGUUCAGGUUACUCAUGACCGGUCGAUGUCGCGAGGCAAUUUCAGAAUGGCUAGGUAACAAGCUUACCGGUCGCAUGUUGACGAAAUGGGAGCAAACCCUCGCGACGAGCCUCCAGACCAUCCAGAAGAUCGUCGCAGAGAGCGUCUCGCCUGCUUUGGAGAGGGUCAUGAUUCUUCUUCAAGGGAUGAGGGGAUGGGAGCGAUCGCAAUAUCACUCCGCGGGCCUCUCGCUGCGCUCAGAGGAUAUCGAGCAGAGUAUCGAUAUAACAGGCGGGAUGAUCAAGCUGAUCGAGCGGAUACGGCAGGAUGCGGAGCUUGAGACUCUGGCUGCUGCGGCGUGGAUGGCUUGGCUCAAAUUCGGCGGCGACGACCCACCCACAGCGACACACGACCUGAAACUCACGUGGUCUUUCCUCGUGAACGGCUUUGUCCGGUCCAUCUUCUCCUCAUACUUCCCAGACGAUACCCCCACGCGCCCACCAUCCGACGCGCUCCCUCCUGCCUAUGUCCAAUCCCUCUCCCUUCAGCCUCCCAGCCGGUCCCUGGACGACGUACUCUCGCACACGCUAUCUCGGCUAUCCGGGAAGCCUACUCGAACUUCUUUCAAAAGCCCGGUAGUGGAACAGGACGAGGCGAUGAGCAUGGACCAGUCUAGCAUGCUCCUUUCCUCCCCUGCGGCCGAUAGUCGGAUCAUCGAAGAGAGCGGCGUCGACCUGGAUAUCGAAAGUGAAGGGCCGGACGAGGAUGAGGUGUUGACGUCGGAUACGGAGACGGAUGGGGAUGGGGAGUCGGCGAAACACAAGGGGAAGAAGGGUGAAGCAGAGGAGGAGGCGAAGGUGCAGAGGGUGUUGGAGAUGGAGCCGUGGGCAUGGGCGAAUAGUCUGAUUGCGACUACAGAAGGAAUGAUCCGGGCUGCGGUGGGGGAAGAGGCUGGUGGUGUCGUGGAUCAGGGGUAUGGGUGGACGGAGGGGAUUAUGACGACCCGGACAGUAGGAGAGGUGGUCUGGGGUGCGCAUGUAGCCGAGGCGGGCAGAACUGGUAAGCUGUCUCACCUUUACGUGCUGGGCGGAGCUGACAGCUUUUUAGUCAUCCUGGUCUCUCAACAUGGACUGGAGUCUCGAGCCCUCCGUAUCAUCCUCGGAGACGGGACGGCCUGCCUUGCUCUCCAAUUCUUCGAUGAUAUCGAGCUCGCUAUGCUGCUCGAAACCGCCUCCGGUCGGUUUCACGCGACGACUGCUUUCGCAUCCUACCUCGACCAUACACUACCCAUAUCUACCGCUAUCGGAUCAGUAGGCGAUCUCGUGACACUGGCCAUGCCGGAAGUACCCCUGGUCAUACAUCGCUCGAGAUACCUUACGAGCGAAGGUGGGGAGGGGCCGGUAGCGCUCGCUUUGAAUGGGAAGAAGGGGAGGAGGGUGGGUUGUGUUAUGAAUGGCCAAGAGGGGGAAGUGGAAGUGUGGGAUAUGGAGGAUGAUGAAGGGGACGAAGAGGAGGAGGGGGACGGAGAUGAUGAGGAGCAGGAGGAAGAGGAGAUGAGAGACGCUAGCUGA